CUUCCUUUUCCGGGUCUCGAGGCUGCUGAAACCGAAAGUGCUGUGCUGUGGGCGCAGCGCUGAGAUUGAUUCACCUUCACCUGCAGAACUCCAGCUGACCCAAGUAGGAAGCCAGGCGAGCUGUAAAACAUGAACGGAAGAGUGGAUUAUUUGGUCACUGAGGAAGAAAUCAAUCUUACCAGAGGACCCUCAGGGCUGGGCUUCAACAUCGUCGGUGGGACAGAUCAGCAGUAUGUCUCCAACGACAGUGGCAUCUACGUCAGCCGCAUCAAAGAAAAUGGGGCUGCGGCCCUGGAUGGGCGGCUCCAGGAGGGUGAUAAGAUCCUUUCGGUAAAUGGCCAAGACCUAAAGAACCUGCUGCACCAAGAUGCUGUCGACCUCUUUCGUAAUGCAGGCUAUGCUGUGUGUCUGAGAGUGCAGCACAGGUUACAGGUGCAGAAUGGACCUAUAGGACAUCGAGGUGAAGGGGACCCAAGUGGUAUUCCCGUAUUUAUGGUGCUGGUGCCACUCUUUGCCCUCACUGUGGUAGCAGCAUGGGCUUUCAUGAAAUACCGGCAACAACUUUGAAAAACUUGUUCUCUUUCAGUGCUCCCAAUGAAGAUACAUUUCACUCACCCUCCACCCCUGCUAUGCUGCCAUGUCUUUCCCUCUGUGUAGCCAACACAUGAUUUGAAGUGACUGAUACCCAGCCCAAACCUUGAUGUUCAGAAUUCCAAUUCUUCGUAUUCUAAUGGGAAAGUAAAGGUAUUGUUUGAAGGAAAACUGAAGAAAAGACUUGCUUAGAACAAAGGAGGAGUUAUGUAUUUUACUAGGACUUUCAAUAGAAAUUCAGCUAUAACCCAAAGAGAGAAAGAUUCAGUCUUCCUGUCACCAUAGGUGAUACCUCUUUUCUUAGCUGGCAUCCCAUAAAGGCCAGCUAUGCGAUAUUAGAGGAAGAAAGGAUUUUUCUUUUUAAUGAUCUUCCUUGGGAAAUUAUUGUGGCCUUUAUUUAAUUUCUAACUACAUACCUGGGUGCCUAUAUCAGACAAAGGAGAGUGAAAGAGCAUUUUUACUUUUUUUAAAAAGCAAAUACAUAUAUACACAUACGUAUGCAAAUAUUAUAGUAUAAUAUUGAUACCAAUGGAGAACUAAAGAGCUCAUGAGAAAGCUA